AUGAUUCCCACCGCCACCCACUUCAUCUCACUCUGCGAUGCCAUGAUCGAGAACCACACUGACCAACAAGUCGAGUCAGAGUGCAAGGCUGAAGAGAAUCGAGAGGAUCCGGAGUACUGCAGGGACAGAGAAUAUGAGAGCAAUGCCCUCUACCACUGGGGCGAACGCAUAAAGUGGAGUGUCAUAUGGGGUGAUCUCGAUCCAGGGUAUUGGAGCUCAUCUCAGCUAUUUCUGGGGGAAGCCAAAUAA